CGGUCUGCGCAGCACAGCAGUAGAAGAAGACCAGCGGCGGCUUGACGUAGCGUCGCUCCGCCCUGUUGCUUCCUUUUUCACAGUGGCAGUCAGCGAGACACCAUGAAGGCGUCUGGCACACUUAGGGAGUACAAAGUUGUUGGGCGUCUGUUGCCCUCUGCCAAGAACCCGGCUCCUCCUCUGUACCGUAUGAGGAUCUUCGCCCCAAACCAUGUGGUGGCCAAGUCUCGCUUCUGGUACUUCGUCUCCCAGCUGAGGAAGAUGAAGAAGGCUUCUGGAGAGAUUGCGUACUGUGGCCUGGUCCAUGAGAAAUCUCCCCUGAAGGUGAAGAACUUUGGCAUCUGGCUGCGUUAUGACUCCCGCAGUGGUACACACAACAUGUACCGUGAGUACAGAGACCUCACCACCUCCGGAGCUGUUACCCAGUGCUACCGUGACAUGGGAGCUCGUCACCGUGCUCGUGCUCAUGCCAUUCAGAUUAUGAAAGUGCAGGUGAUCCCAGCCAACAAGUGUCGCAGAGCCGCCAUCAAGCAGUUCCACGAUUCCAAGAUCAAGUUCCCUCUGCCCCACAGGGUCCUGCGUCGCCAGCACAAGCCCCGCUUCACCACCAGGAGGCCAAAAACAUUCUUCUAAAGUGUAUGUUUUCAGUCCUGUUCAUUGGGAAAUUAAAAAAAAUCAUAAAAUUAAA